UAUAUACUAUAACAAAUGAUAUGACAAUAUGAUUUUACUUCACAUGCAACCAGGGGCAGACUGACAAACCUCAUGGGGCCCCCGGGCAAUAGGGGAUCAUGGGGCCCCUGUGUCCUUGCCCAAACUCAAAAAAAGCUUAUGAAAAAGGUACCAGGGGCAUCUCAUGGGGCCCCCUACUGACCCCGGGCCUCGGGCAGUGCCCGAGUUUCCAAAUGGUCAGUCCGCCCCUGGAUGCAACUAUU